AUGGCUCGUGGCGACGAUUACGACGACGAGGUAGAGGAGGAGGACGAGGAAUACGAGGAGGAGGAGGAGGAAGAGGAAGACUACGAGGAGGAGCGCGGGAAGAAGCGAGGGCGCGGAUCGCAGUUUAUCGACGACGCGGCGGAGGAGGAUGAGGACGAGGACGAGGAGGACGAAGCGCCGAGGAAAAAGAAGGGUUCGACGACCGGCCGGUCGAUGUUUAUUGAAGAGGAAGCGGCGGUGGCGAGUGAUGACGAGGAGGAGGAGGAGGAAGAGGAGGACGGCUUCAUCGACCGGGACGCGGAUUUGGGCGAGGAGCUGGGCAACGAGCGCUCCUCCGCGCACCACCGCAUCUGUUGCCUUAUCAACCCCCCGUUGUACCUCCUUGUUGUCACCCCCCUCCCAGGCUUCAUCGACCGGGACGCGGAUCUGGGGGAGGAGCUGGGCAACGAGCGGCCGUCGGCGCACCACCGCACGCUGCUGCGGCGCAACGAGGAGGAGGAGGAGGUGAACGAGGAGGAUUACCAGCGGUUCCUGGAGGAGCGGUAUGCGCGCAACGAGGUGCCCGAGCUGGGCGAGGGGGAGGCCACGGAGGUCGAGCAGCAGGCGCUGCUGCCGUCCGUGCGCGACCCCAAGCUCUGGAUGGUCAAAUGCGAGGAUUACCAGCGGUUCCUGGAGGAGCGGUAUGCGCGCAACGAGGUGCCCGAGCUGGGCGAGGGGGAGGCCACGGAGGUCGAGCAGCAGGCGCUGCUGCCGUCCGUGCGCGACCCCAAGCUCUGGAUGGUCAAGUGCGAGGUACGCCGCGCUUGGCCACGAGCGCGAAGCUGUGGUGUCGCUGAUGCAGAAGUGCGUGAACCUGAAGGCACUGGGACAGAAUCUGCUGAUCAAAUUAGUCUCUUCCUUUUCCCAUAUCACCCCAUCCUCUCUUCCCCCUCCACCCCCCCCUCUUUCUCUCCCCUUGCAGCUGGGCCACGAGCGCGAAGCAGUGGUGUCACUGAUGCAGAAGUGCGUGAACCUGGAGGCACUGGGGCAGAACCUGCAGAUCAAAUCAGUCCCUUCUCUUUUCCCAUAUCAACUCAUCCCCUCUUCUCCCCCCUCACCCAACCCCCCUCGCAGCUGGGCCACGAGCGAGAGGCGGUGGUGUCACUGAUGCAGAAGUGCGUGAACCUGGAGGCACUGGGGCAGAACCUGCAGAUCAAAUCCGCGAUAGCCCUGGACAACCUCAAGGGGUGCGUGUACGUGGAGGCGUACAAGGAGGCGUACGUCAAGGAGGCGUGUGCGGGGCUGCGGCUGCUGAGGGCGUGGAAGCCGGCGCUGGUGCCGAUAAAGGAGAUGGCGGGCGUGCUGACGGUGGAGCAGAAGUCGGUCGACCUGGAGGAGAACAGCUGGGUGCGCGUCAAGAUCGGGCUCUACAAGGGCGACCUCGCUCUGGUGAGUGCGGUUCAAAGUGGUUGUGUGCGGUUCAGAGUGGAAGUGUGUGAGGAAGGGAGCAAGGGGGGGUGGGGAGACAGCGAUUGGGGGUCUGGGGCAGGCAGGGAAAGGCUGACAGUGGAGCAGAAGCCGGUCGACCUGGAGGAGAACAGCUGGGUGCGCGUCAAGAUCGGGCUCUACAAGGGCGACCUCGCGCUGGUGAGUGCGGUUCACAGUGGCUGUGUGCGGUUCAGAGUGGUUGUGUGUGGGAGUCUGGGGCAGGGAAGGGCUGACGGUGGAGCAGAAGUCGGUGGACCUGGAGGAGAACAGCUGGGUGCGCGUCAAGAUCGGGCUCUACAAGGGCGACCUCGCGCUGAUGAGUGCUCCGAAUGGGUGACUGACGUGGACACAGUGAAGCAGAGAGCCACCAUCAAGCUCAUUCCCCGUAUCGACCUGCAAGCUCUCGCGCAGCGCCAGGACGGCAAGCCUGUGGUCAAGCGCAAGGCCCGCCCCGCCCCACGGUUCUUCAGUGUUGACGAGGCCAAGACGGCAAGCCUGUGCCCCGCCCCACGGUUCUUCAGUGUUGACGAGGCCAAGAACUACGGGCUUCGUCCCAUGGUGACCCGCCAUCGCACCACGGGAGAGCACAUCCAGUCCAUUGAAGGCAUGCAGUUUGUCGACGGCUAUCUCCUCAAAGUGGUCUCCAUUAAAUCCCUCGACACCCGCGGGGUCGUCCCGACCCUAGACGAGCUACAGCGCUUCCAGCGCGCUGCAGGGGAUGGGGAGCGGGGGGAGUAUGGAGGCGGAGGGGGGCUGGGGAGCGGGGUGGGGCCGAUGGGGAUUUCUGCGGAGCAGGCGAAUCGGCAGAGAGGAAGGCUGGUGAAGGGGGAUGUGGUUGAAGUGGUUGAGGGCGAUUUGAAGGGGUUGAAAGGGCGCGUGGAGAAGGUGGAUGAGGAUGAGGUUAUUAUUCGGCCGCACCAUGAAGAGCUCAAGCUCUCCCUCCUCACCGGACCUGUUGCCAGUGAAGGAGUCGCAGCUGCACAAGCUCUUUCAGACAGGCGACCGCAUGAAGGUGGUGGGUGGACAGAACAAGUGCUGUCCACAAACCAAUAUCUUGUCAAUCCUUUUUCUCAAUUCCUCCCGCCUCCCCACAUCCCCACCUCACAGGAUCUGCUGCCAGUGAAGGAGUCGCAGCUGCGCAAGUUCUUUCAGACGGGUGACCAUGACCUGCUGCCAGUGAAGGAGUCGCAGCUGCGCAAGUUCUUCCAGACAGGCGACCACGUGAAGGUGGUGGUGGGGCAGAACAACGGCGUGACUACGGACCUGUUGCCAGUGAAGGAGUCGCAGCUGCGCAAGUUCUUCCAGACUGGUGACCACGUGAAGGUGGUGGCGGGGCAGAACGACGGGGUGACGGGCAUGAUCGUGAAGGUGGACGGGCACAUUGCAAUUGUGCUAAAGGGGCAGAGCGAUGGUGUGACGGGCAUGAUCGUGAAGGUGGAUGGGCACAUUGCAAUCGUGCUGUCAGACACUUCUCGAGAACAUGUACGGGUGUUCACACGGGAUCUCAUGUCAAGUUCAGAGGUGACUGCUGGGAAUGGCUUUGCUUGUCGUACCUUUCAUUCUUGCCUGCUUCUCGUCCCUCCCCCCUUCCCCUCCCCGCGCAGCCAAACCACGGCAGGUGUGAUCGUCAAAGUGGAGAAAACCGGCUGUGUGGUGCUCAAGGCGACGCCCGAGCGCAGCGAAACCGUAGCGGUGAAACUGCAAGAGAUCCGGCGCAAGAUGAACAACAAGAACGUGUCGGCUCACGACGGAGAGGGCCUGCCGGUGGUGGCCAAGGACCCGGUCCAAACCACGGCAGGCGUGAUUGUUAAAGUGGAGAAGACGGGCUGCGUGGUGCUCAAAGCCACACCCGAGCGCAGCGAGACGGUGGCCGUGAAACUGCGAGAGAUCCGGCGCAAGAUGAACAACAAGAACGUGUCGGCUCACGACGUGGAGGGCCUGCCGGUGGUGGCCAAGGACCCGGUCCAAACCACGGCAGGCGUGAUUGUUAAAGUGGAGAAGACGGGCUGCGUGGUGCUCAAAGCCACACCCGAGCGCAGCGAGACGGUGGCCGUGAAACUGCGAGAGAUCCGGCGCAAGAUGAACAACAAGAACGUGUCGGCUCACGACGGAGAGGGCCUGCAGGUGGUGGCCAAGGACCCGGUCCAAACCACGGCAGGCGUGAUUGUUAAAGUGGAGAAGACGGGCUGCGUGGUGCUCAAAGCCACACCCGAGCGCAGCGAGACGGUGGCCGUGAAACUGCGAGAGAUCCGGCGCAAGAUGAACAACAAGAACGUGUCGGCUCACGACGUGGAGGGCCUGCCGGUGGUGGCCAAGGACCCGGUGCGCGUGGUGGAGGGGGCUUACAGGGACCGGCGCGGCACGGUGGAGCACAUCCACCGCGGCGUGCUCUUUGUGUUCGACCGCCACUACUUGGAGAAUGGGGGCUUUUUUUGUGUUCGCGCGCGGUCGGUUCGGUGCCUGACUGCCAAGGCUGCUGCUGCCACCAGGCGCAAUUCAGCAGGUGGAGGAGGAGGAGGCGGAGCCAUGGCACCAUUCGACCGGCGGUUUGGUGGAGUGAUGCAGUCGCCCUCGCGCUUCCUGCAGUCACCCAGGAACUUCCCCGGCAGCCCCAGCAGACAAGGCGGCGGCAGAGGAGGCCCUCCGCCGGGCGCGUAUGGAGGAGGGCGGAUGGGGAACAGGCGGGAGAGUGGCAUGGUGGGGCGCAUUGUGAAGAUCCGAGCGGGGCCUUAUAAGGGGUACAGAGGCCGGGUGCUCGAUGCCACUGACACCACGGCACGGAUCGAGCUCGAGUCGCAGAUGAAAGUCGUCACAGUGCGGAGGGAUCAACUACCUGAUGGAGCACCAGCAGCCGGACAGCAGCAGCAAUCACCCGCACCAUACAGGGAGUCACCGCGUUUCAGAGGGUCCCUGGGCAGCGAAACGCCUGUGCAUCCUUCACGCACGCCCAUGCACCCAGGCUUUGGCGGCAGGGGAUUCGAUCCCUCUGCCACGCCAGUGCAUGAGGGCAUGCGCACGCCCAUGCGAGACAGGGCCUGGAACCCUCAUGUGCCCACCACUCCUCUCAGGCCCGAUUCGUUCGACGAGGCGAAUCCAUCCACAUGGGGUUCAUCGGGCAGCGAUGCUCCCUUCCUGCCCUACACGCCCGCCUUCUCACCCGCCGACAUUGCCCCCUCGCCGCCGCUCCCUGUUGACGAUCCCGGCACUCCAAGCGAUCUGCGCUCGGCCUUUGACAUUCCCACACCUGGCAGCCAAGCAGGACCCAACUACAACCCCUCCACACCCUAUGGCGAGGCGCCGAGCCCGUACGCGGCGCAGACGCCCACAGGCCAGCCUCUCACGCCCUCUGCUGCCUACAUUCCUGCCACCCCUGCUGACUCUUCCCUGCCCAUGACCCCUGCUGACCCCAACUCGCCCGCCAUUGGCAUGGGAGGGGGAUUCAGCAAUGGAGGGGAGGGGGGGUCGCUGGGGCUGCCGGGAGUGCUGGUGAUGGUGCGACGACCGGGGGGGCCUGGAAUGACCACAGUCGUGAUUCGAGAAGUGCUGCCGGACGGUUCAUGCCGCGUUGGCGCAAGCAACGCGUCCGAGUCAGAGCUCUUUAUAGUAGGUCCCUCGGAGAUGGAUAUAGUGUUACCGCGCUCGCACGACCGUGUGAAGAUUCUGCGGGGCCCAUUAAGAGGCGCUGUGGGGAAGUUGAUGGGAGUGGAUGCAGCCGAAGGGAUUGUCAAGGUGGAUGGCGAGCCUGAUGUGAAGACGAUUGAGAUCACUGGCUUAGGAAAGCUUGUGCACUGA